AUCACGCACUCACUAGUAUUAUGAUGGCAGCAUCUAUACUCUCGUCCAUCAUUUUCUUUCUUGUUUUUAUCUUAUUGUCUCUUUUCGUUGAUGGAAAAGCCAUUGCUUCCCAUAUGGAACAGCGAAAAUUAAGUGGAUCAAAUGAGAUAAUAGCCAUGAGGAGGAACUUGGCAGGCAAUGAGGGAUCCAAAAUUACAGCUCCACCGAGCAGAUCGCAGCACAGUGGACAAAAAAACACUCAAAAUGAGCCGUCCAAAACCCAUCCUGAUCACGCGACGCCCCGCAAGUAUCUUACAUACAAAUCCCUUUGCAACCCCAAACUUCCAGGACGUUCAUGUAUAGGAGCGGCAAAAAGAAGUCAUCAGCCUUGCACCAUCUACAACCGAUGUAAGAUCACAUUAAAACCACUGAUCAAAGCUGUUGAGUUAUGGAAACUGCGGUGCAAAGUCAUAAAUAUAUGAAUGUAUUAGACCAUAUCUAACUCCUAUUGGUGAACUAUCCUCAAGAUGAAGAACGGAGCUCGAGAUGUUUGGCUAAGACUACAGAAUCUAUUCUACAAACUACAAAAAAUAAGUCCCUUUCGAGGGGUUUGGGAACACAUGGAUAAAAUGAUACAAUGCCACCCACCUCUCUUGACCAAGUAAACGAAAACAUGGUGUGCGGAGACGACUAAGUCGUCUCUCUCUCUCAAAUUGGGACAGAUCAAGAAUAAUUUUUAACGGGGUAUAAGAAAUUUAAAUGUAAAAUAGAAUUUCUUCCAUCUAA